UUCCAAUAGAUGGCGUUGUAGAGUUUGUUGUCUGAGGCGUUGAUGUUAGGUAACAUUUCCGUUGGAUGGUUUUUAAACUUAAUUUAAAAGUUGAUAAUUUGAAUCGUACCGUCGUUACACCGUAAUCAAUUAAGAAAAAUCAUUAAGAUGACACGAAUGUUCAACAAGAGCUAUUCGUAUUCUAGUAUAUCAGACAAAGGAUGUCGUGCACGUGUUUGUUGCUGUGGGGACGCUUGCUGCAGUGGUGGAUGCAUGAAAUGCAUGACAAGAAUACCCUAUGCUACUCUUAUUGCAACAAUUCUAUGUUGCACAGGUGUUGGAAUCUUCUUGGGAUCAUUUUAUAGAGCAAUUGCUCUUACCCUUAGAAUGUUUGAAGAAGUAUUUAAAUAUCGAUUUCAUUGGUUGAGUGAUAUGCAUAUUAUAUUUAUUGGAAUUGGUGCCACUAUGGGAGGAUUAAGCUUAAUACUUCUAUUGGUUGGAUUCCUUGCAACCGGUGCAACUAGGGAAAAAGUUUAUAGAGGAUGGAAGUCAAGAGUUGGAGGCAGAAUUACAUGUGCAAUUUUUAUGGUGAUUACUUACAUUUUGGAAUUAAUAUGGCUGUUAGUAUUGAUAUCUAUGGUUGUCAUUACAUUUAUUUGUUCUAUGUGGUGGGGAAUGUGUAACAAUUUGAACAAGGAAGCAGAUCCCAAUUUACGAUGUAUUGAUCUUAGGCAAUUUAGUCUAGAUAUUGUGUGCUCUUUUUCUUAUAAAAACUUGAGAAUGAUCUACAAAAGAACAUCCAAUAUCUAUAGCUUGCUACGGAACAAUAAAGACAGUGUAACAAAGGAAGAGAGAGCUGAGGUAUAUAAAAUACCAUUUGAAAAUCAACAGUUAGGAAUCGAAAAAGAUUAUGUAGGUGUGACUAGAAGACACCUGUCGGUACGUCUGCGAGAACAUAGAUACAACGUAGAUAAAGGACACAACAACACAAUAUUAGCAGUUAUGGUGCGGACUGAAAGAGCGGUUGUCGAACCAUCUGAAGUGCUUUUUAUUCUUUCACUUGCAUCUUCAUUAUUAGUAGUUAUUAGUCUAGUGAAUUAUUUAAUGUGUUUAUCAGCUAAUUACGCUCGUAUUAAAGAUAAUGAAAAAUUUCAAGAUUUGCAAGAAUUACAAUAUUUACAAGAAACUGAAUUGGAAACUCUGCCAAAAGAUCGGUUUUGAUGCCUGCCAAUAUUUUGUCAAUUAUUAUUGAAUAAGGAAUUAAUUUUUCUUGUUUUUAAACAUUACAUUCCUGUAAUGGUAAUACAGAAAAUUAACUUUCAGAUUUUUUAACUAUAAAUUUAUAAAGAAAAAAACAUUUGA